CAGGUUACUCCGUUGUAUGGACUGACAUGUUGGUUAAGAAAGAUUUCUCAGAGUUAUGAAUAACUAUUCGUCAUUUUAUGAACAACUAUUUUUACGAAAUUUUGGAUACAGGAAGACAUAGAUAUAAUUAUCCAAUAUUAAAUUUGUUCUACGGGUACAUCAAUGACUAAAGAUAAAAAGUUGAUCCUGCAUGCUGUGCACUGUGUAUCAACGUAUUGUCUGUCCGCAAUACCUUAGCACCGCAGCACCGUAUUCUUUUACUAUUUUUGCCAAAUAUAUUACAUUCAUAAUAGAAAUAUAAACAUGGCUGCCUAUAUCAAUCGUGCAAUGGUACAAUCGACCAUGAUUGGAGACAGCCAACUUCGAUCAGAUGUUAGAAAUGAUAAUUCUCCUCUACAGAUUUUUGUUAAAGCAAAGAAAAGAAUAAAUGAUAUAUUUGUGGACAUAGAGAAAUAUGUGGAGGAAACCGUAGAGUUUAUGACAUCAUUACAAAAUGAUCGAGAUAUUGUAACUGUGGAUGAAGAAGGAAAGGUUAAAGCUUACAUAGAUAAAAUACGAGCGAUAAAAGAUGUUCUUAAAAGAGAUCACAUGAAAGUAGCUUUUUUCGGCAGAACAAGUAAUGGGAAAAGUACUGUGAUUAAUGCCAUGCUACAUGAUAAAAUUUUGCCAAGUGGUAUAGGACACACUACAAAUUGUUUCUUACAAGUGGAAGGUUCAGAUAAUGGAGAAUCAUAUCUUAUUACGGAAGGAUCCACUGAAAAACAGCCAGUUCAAUCUGUUGGACAAUUAGGUCAUGCUCUUUGUAAAGAGAAGUUAUGUGAAAGUCAUUUAGUAAGAAUAUUUUGGCCAAAAGAAAAAUGCUUAUUGCUGCGAGAUGAUGUAGUAUUUGUUGAUAGUCCAGGAGUAGAUGUAACUCCAAAUCUAGAUGAAUGGAUCGAUAAGCAUUGUUUGGAUGCAGAUGUUUUUGUUUUAGUAGCAAAUGCUGAAUCUACCAUAAUGGUUACUGAAAAAAAUUUCUUUCAUAAAGUUUCAACGAAAUUAUCAAAACCGAAUAUAUUUAUUUUAAAUAAUCGAUGGGAUGCUUCUGCAUCUGAACCAGAGUACUUUGAUCAGCUGGCCAAAGAACAAAAGGAGGUAAGGGCACAACAUCAAGAACGUGCUGUUGACUUUUUAUCAAGGGAAUUAAAAGUUUGCAGUCCAAAAGAUGCUGAUGAACGUAUCUUUUUUAUUUCUGCAAAGGAAACUCUUCAAGCUCGUAUACAAGAACAACGUGGUCAACCUGCUCACAAUGGUGCACUAGCAGAAGGUUUUCAAAACCGAUAUUUUGAGUUUCAAGAUUUUGAAAGAAAAUUUGAAGAGUGCAUCUCAAAGUCUGCAGUGAAAACUAAAUUUGAACAACAUUCUCAACGUGGUAAACAUAUCGCAAUGGAAAUACGUCAAGCAUUGGAUGAUAUACUAGAACGAACACAAAAGAUGCGAAGUGAACAACUAAAUAUCAAGAAAGAAGUUCAUGAUAAAUUGAAUUUUACGGAACAACAAUUGAUGCUGCUAACUCAGGAAAUGAAAGAUAAAAUUCAUCAUAUGGUAGAAGAUGUAGAACAAAGGGUUUCUAAGGCUUUAAGUGAAGAAAUUCGACGAUUAGCUGUUUUAAUAGACGAAUUUAGUGUUCCAUUUCAUCCUGAACCACUCGUUUUAAAUGUAUAUAAACGGGAGCUUCACACACAUGUAGAAAAUGGCUUAGGGUCAAAUUUACGAGCCAGACUUAGUACCGCUUUGGCAUUGAACAUGGAAAAUUCGCAGCGAGAAAUGACUGAAAGAAUGUCAAGUUUGUUGCCCGAAAACAAAAGACAAAUGUCGCUUAAUAUUUUACCACGACGCGAACCAUUCGAGAUACUUUAUCGAUUAAAUUGCGAUAAUUUAUGCGCAGAUUUUCAUGAAGACUUAGAAUUUCGUUUUUCAUGGGGUUUUACAGCAAUAAUUAACAGAUUUGCAGGAAAACAGAGUCAAAGAUUAGCUAUUGCUAAUUAUCCGCAAGAGAUACCUCCAUGUAUAACAUCACCUGCAGAUAGCGUAGAUUCUCUUAAGUUUGUUUCAAGUACAACAAAUUUUCCACCAAAAUCUGAGGACUGGUCUCUGGCUACUCGUAUAGCAGUUGCAUCUGUAACAUCACAGGGUACAAUGGGUGGUCUUAUUAUCGCCGGGUUUAUGUUAAAAACAGUAGGUUGGAGAUUAAUUGCUAUAACUGGUGCUGUAUAUGGUGCUUUAUAUCUCUAUGAACGUCUAACAUGGACUAAUAAAGCAAAAGAACGUGAAUUUAAACGACAAUAUGUGUCGCAUGCUACCAAAAAGCUGCGACUGAUUGUAGAUCUUACUUCUGCAAAUUGCAGUCAUCAAGUACAACAAGAGCUCUCCAGUACAUUUGCACGACUCUGUCACUUGGUAGAUGAAACAACAUCUGAGAUGGAUACCGAACUUAAGACUAUAGCGAAUACUUUAGCAAUAUUGGAAAAAGCAGCAGCUAAGGCAAAACAUCUUCGAAAUGAGGCCAAUUUUUUAAUAAAUGAGCUGGAUACAUUUGAUUCAGCUUACUUGAAACCUUUAAACUAAAUAAAUAAUCUAUUUUGUACACAUUAAUGAAUUAAUUAAAAAGCGUAAUAAUUUUGAAGGAAUUUAUAUAUAAUAUAAUUGUUCAAAUGUAAUAUUUUUAAUCUAAAAACAAUAAUUGAUUUGAAAUAAUAUUAGUAUAGUCUUAUGUGACAAUUGAAUGACAUUUAUAUGCACACAUAUAGAUCUUAUUAUUUAAUGCAGUUAUCUAGCCCUCUGUUUACAUAAAAAAUAUGAUUUUGUUAGAUAAAUACAAUUUAAAAAAAUAAAUAAUUAUAUUUAAAUGUACGAUAGUAAUUUGAAAAAGUACUAGGGAAUGUUUCAACUUGAUAAAAAAUCUAGUCUUAAUGUAUAAUGCAGGAAAAUUAAUUUUCUCAUCAGGAAAUUGUGUGAAGUAACUUAUUUUUAUUAAUACUACCUCUUCUUUAUACCAACAGACAAUUAUAAUAAAAAAUAUAGUUGUUAUAUAAUAGAGAAGCAUAUAUGUAUAUGUAUGCAUAUGUGUUUAUAUAUAUCAUAUGUGUAUAUACUACAUCUAUCACACCAUUUGUUAAUGGCGAAUUUCUGAAGUUUUUAUUAAUAUGUUUAUUUAUUAUCUUUUACCAAAUUAUUCAAAAAAUAAUUUAUAAAUUAAUAUUGAUUACGACACUUAUAGCAUAAAAGAUAUUUAUUUAUGACGUACUUUAUACGAUAAAUUUGACGACUCGAUGUGUAACUGAAUGCCUUCUAAAAUUCCGUACAAUAAUUUUUAUACCGCUAUUAAAUAUGUAUAUUAUCAGUAUAUAUUGCAAGAUAAUUAAUCCUUUCACUGCCAGUGGAAAGUAUACUUCCCACUUGUUUUUUUUAUUUUUAUAUUAUAAAAAUUGUUCCUGGAUACUAAUUGUUCGGGGUUUGACUUUUCCGGUAUAGAAAUACUUAGUUUACAUGUCUCCAAAGUUUUUUGCACCCGAUUGUCCUUUAGUGAUUGUUUAUAACAAUUUAAAUGUGAAAAUGCGAUUUUUUAGAAAAAAUCGAUUCAUCCUAAAAAUUUUAUAUUGAAUUUGACCAUUUGGGGGUAUAAAGGGUUUUUGAAGUCGCUGAUUACUAAUCAAGUAGAAACUGAAACAUUUAAACUGACGGAUCCAACAUGAUGGAUGGAAAUAUUAAAACCUGAAAAUUUUAAGUUUAGAAAAAUAUAGCUAUAUUCUACACAAAAUUUAUAAAUGAUCUUUUGUGAUAUUUCGCUUACGUGUAUCGUUUUUUAGAUAGAAAUUCAUGAAUCUGGAUAACGCUAAGAAGGAAUGAGCGACAUUUGUCAGUCAUAUUAUGGCUGUGUUCCGAAAUUUACUGCCAGUACUGAAAAUCUAUAGUUCAUGUUACGUGUACUAUAGAUUUUCAGUACUGGCAGUAAAUUUCGGAAUGCAGCCUCAAUCUGCUAUUUUGAAUUCUGAUAUAAUUUUUAUUAUUUAAUUUUAAAUUUGUAACAAAAAAAAUGGAUUUACUGCAAAAAUAUCCAAAUUUUCACUAAUUUACUACCUGAUGGCAACCAUAUUAGAUUCAUCACAUUAAAUUUGCAAAAUUUGAAUGCAGAUUCGGAAUUAACUAUCCAAAAAACGUAGAUAUGCAAGGUUUCCAGAUAAUCUGUUGAAAAAAAAAACUAAUUUGGUAGUCAGAAGGUUAAAUAAAUAAAAAAAAGUUGCAAAGACAACUGUUCAACGCAAAAUUAUAUUAAUAUUUAAACAUUAUUAUCUACGGGCUCCUGCAUUAUGCAGCGGAUCUAAACGCGCGAAUAUUAAACAACUCGGUUGGAUAUCUUUAAACACUUCUAAUUUAAAAAAAUAUUGAUGUCUUAACAUUUUAGCAUUAAAUUUUUUGUUUCUAAAUGACUUCAAGAAUCUGCCAUUAGUAAAUAAUGCGAUAGAUCGGAUAUAUCCUGUAUAUAUGCGAGUACAUAUAACAUAUAUAUAUAUAUAUAUACACACAUAUAAAAUAUAUAUUUCUUAUAUGCACGCUUUCGAAAAUAUUGCAUCAGUCAUUAAACAUCGUCUUAAAUUUUUCUUUAAUAAGGUUUCAAUAAAUCAUGCUUAUUUUAAAUUUAUUAUAUACGGAUGUAUCAAUUUUAUUUAAUUAAAAGAUUCAAGCAUAUAUGUAAACUUCAUCUUUUUGUUAGAAUAUAUUUACUGAAAAAUGUAUGGAAAGCUUAUAAAUAAAUGUUAUAUAUAAUUAAAA